AUCGACUCUGCUAGAGAACACGAAGGAGAGAGAAAAUUCCUCCGAUAAGAUUCCGUACAAUCCGAUCGACUUCCCGGCACCAGAUCUCACCGCGACUCGGUUGACUCGUCUGCUUUCUGAUUUGGAUCUUCUCUUUGAACCGUGUUGACUCAGUUACGAUUAAACGAUGGAUCCAAUGGAUAUAGUCGGCAAAUCCAAGGAAGACGCUUCUCUUCCAAAAGCGACGAUGACUAAAAUUAUAAAGGAGAUGUUACCACCAGAUGUUCGUGUUGCUAGAGAUGCUCAAGAUCUUCUUAUUGAAUGUUGUGUAGAGUUUAUAAAUCUUGUAUCUUCAGAAUCUAAUGAUGUUUGUAACAAAGAGGAUAAACGGACGAUUGCUCCUGAGCAUGUUCUCAAGGCAUUACAGGUUCUUGGUUUUGGAGAAUACAUUGAAGAAGUUUAUGCUGCGUAUGAGCAACAUAAGUAUGAAACUAUGCAGGACACACAGAGGAGCGUGAAAUGGAAUAGUGGAGCUCAAAUGACUGAAGAGGAAGCAGCAGCUGAGCAACAACGUAUGUUUGCGGAAGCCCGUGCAAGAAUGAAUGGAGGUGUUUCGGUUCCUCAACCUGAACAUCCAGAAACCGACCAGAGAAGUCCGCAAAGCUAACUGAAACCGUAAGGCUAAGUGUUCUUCGAAUCAUAGGCAAGAAAGAAAACAUCCUUUU